AUGAUCAAACGUAAAGUCAAAUCACUUCUUAAUAAGCUCACUCUGGAGAAAUUCGAUUCUAUUUCUAAUCAGAUCUGGGAAUUUGCCAAACAAUCAGAAAAAGAAGACGAUUCUGAAUCCUUAAAGACAGUGAUCGACCUCAUUUUCGAUAAAGCGUGUGAUGAACCUCCUUUUGCCAGCAUGUGGGCACAACUCUGUAAAAGACUUUACGAACUUACCUCUAACAAUAAGGAAAUCAAGAACGUAAACAUUCUUGACAAGAACAAUGAAGUCGUCUGUGGUGGUCCUCUAUUCCGUAAAUAUCUCUUGAACCGUUGUCAAGCCGAUUUCGAAAAGGGUUGGAAGCAUGAUCUUCCCAAGAUUGAUGAAAAUGACCCCAAUGUCAUGCUCACAGACGAAUACUAUGCUGCUGUCAAAGCUAAGCGUCGCGGUCUUGGUCUAGUUAAAUUUAUUGGUGAAUUAUUCAAGCUUCAGAUGCUCACAGAUCGUGUGAUGAAAGAAUGCUUGCGAACUCUGUGUAGUGAUCCAAAGAACCCUGAAGAUGAAGAAACUGAGACAAUGUGCAAGUUGCUUAUGACUAUGGGUAAAGUCUUUGAUACAAGUAGUCUUAAUAACAAGCAAUGGCUCGAUGUCUAUUUUGCAAGAAUGAAAGAAAUGUACGAAAGUAAAACUCUAAGCUCCAGAGUUAAAUUCAUGAUUUUGGAUGUGAUUGAUCUUCGUAAGAGCAAAUGGACACUGAAACGUGGUAAUGAAGUUGCGCCUACCACAAUCGCACAAAUUCACGAAGCAGCCAAGAAAGAAAGCGAAGAAAAGGAAAAGGAAACCAUGAAACGCUCUGGUAGCUCCCGUAGUCUUGGUACUCCUAUAUCCCGUCAAGGUUCUUCAAGAAAUCUUGCUAGUCAUAGUAGAUAA